UUCUGUUUGUUUUAUUUUGUUUUCACUCACAGGCUGAGGAAGAGACUAGUACAAUCAGACACAUCCCUGACUGGUCAUGUUACCUCCUAAGUUCACUGCUAUGGCACUGGCGAUUCUGCAGGACUGGUGUGGGUGGAUGGGGGUCAAUGCCCAGCGCUCACUGCUUAUCCUGGGCAUCCCCGAUGACUGUGAAGAAGAAGAAUUUCAGGACGCAGUGGAGGCUGCCCUCAGGCCCCUGGGCAGGUACCGAGUGCUUGGCAAGGUCUUCAGAAAGGAGAUUGGAGCAAAGGUCGCUUUGGUUGAAUUCGCCAACAAUUUAAACCAAAGUUUGAUCCCCCAACAAAUACCAAAUAAUAGGGGGUCCUGGAGUGUGAUCUUCCUGCCUCCGGUCCCUGAAGUCGAGUCACAGGAUACAUUCAAUUUCCCUGCACAGGCCCAUGGGCAAGCUUUGGAAGGGGUUUCAGGUGGGGCAGGGGUCUCGGGCAGGUCAGGGGCUGCAGUUGAGGAAGGAGACAUAGAUGAGACAGGGGUUGUGGGCGAGGCAGGAGGACCAGCUGAGAAAGGAGCCACAGAUGAGGCAAGAAUGCCUGGCGAGGAAGGAGCAGGUAAGGCCAGAGGAGGAGCUGCAGCUCCUGUGUCCUUCCUACAGGAGGCCGGAGCUGCAGCAGCUCAAGCAAGACUGUCAGAUGAGGAAGGAGCAGAGGGGGAGGGGGGAACAGGUGAGGCAGGAAGAGCAGUGGAGGGAGGAGCUGCAGCUGAGGCAAGCUUGUCGGAUGAGGAGGGAGCAGAAGAUGAAGAAGGACUUAUAGACGAGGCAGAAGUUAUAUAUGAGGCAGGAGUUAUAGAUGAAGCAAGGCUGUCAGACGAGGGGGCUCUGGAUGGGGAAGAUGAUGUAGUUGAGGCAGGGGUUGUGAGAAUGUCUGAAGAGGAAGGGGCUGGAGGUGACAUGGGGAUUGUAGGUGUUCUAGGAGCUAUGGGUUGGGUAGGAGCUGCAGGUGAGGUGGGAGCUGCAGGAGAGGGAGGAGUUUUAGAGGCAGGUGAAGAGGGGUCUGCAGGGGAUGAGGAGUCUGGGAGUGACGAGGGGUCUGCAGGGGAUGAAGGAUCUGUGGACGGUGGAGGGUCUGUGGGUGAAGCAGGAGCUAUAGGUGAGGAUGAGGCAGGAGCUGCAGGUGAAGCAGGAAUGUCAGAUGAGGAGGGAGCUGCAGGGGACAUGGGAGUUGCAGGGAUCAUAGGAGCUGUAGGAUUGGCAGGAGCUGUAGGUGAGGCAGGAGGUUCGGGUGAGGAAGGGGCCUUUGAUGUGGCAGGAGGGGCACAUGGGGCUGGAGCCUGGACCCAGCAGUGGAGCCAAGCCCUGCAGCCCAUCCUGGAAAACAUGGCCUACCAGGAGCUGAGACACUUCUCUGGGAUGGAAGAGCCUGGCUGUGGGGGUCAGUCUUUCGAGAGCUGGCUGGACUAUGCCAAUGAUAUGCUAUACCUGUGGCGCCACAUAUCUGAGAGGGAGAGGAGGCGGCGUCUGGUGGAGAGCUUGGAGGGCCCUGCCCUGGAUCUCCUGUGUGAGCUUCUGGAACAGCAUCCAGACACCUCUGCUCAGGACUGCCUGGCUGCACUGGUGCAGGUAUUUGGCAACAAGGAUACAGCAAUGACAGCGCGGCUCAAGUUCCUGACUUGCUCCCAGCAGCCUCAGGAGACGCUGUUUGCCUAUGUGAUGCGCCUGGAAGGUCUGUUGCAGAUGGCCAUGGAGAAGGGGGCCAUCCAGCCUGCAAUGGUGGAUCAGGCGAGGGCCCAGCAGGUGCUGAUGUGGGCCCGGCCCAACCAGAUGCUGCAGAGCAACCUGAGAAGGAUGAGGCUGGAGAGGCGGCCACCUGGAUUUUUGGGACUGCUCAGGCUCGUUAGGGAGACUGAGGCAUGGGAGGCAGCUCUGGCUGGAAAUGCGGAGGUUCAGGAGGGGGAAGGGGUGGAAGUACAUGGUGGGCAGCUGGAUGUGGUCCAGGCUGCCCUUGUCAGUGUUGGGGUUGCUGAGCCUGCCCCUGCUGUUAGAGAGGCCUUCCUAGCCAGUGAAGAUGCUGGCCAGGCUGCUGCUGCUGCUGCUCAGCAAGCUGCUGGCGCUGCUCCUGAUGGUGAUGGUGCCACAAAGGCAGACCCUGAUUCUGGGGAGGCCAAGGCCUUCCCUGUCACCCAGAGAGAUAAAAAUGUGUCAGCCCCUGCUGACUCAGGCCAGGCAGGGCCCACUGAGAGCCUAAGUGUGCUUGAGAGCAUGGCUCAUGCUGGAGAGCAAGAAGCAGAGCAGCAUGUAACAGAGGGGCUGAAGGAAGAGUCAGAAAAUGAGGAUGGGGCAUGGGAGUCUAGUCAUCCCAAGUCCUUCCUUGGCAAAUAGGCUCAGAAGGUCCAUCCAGGGGCUCCCUCCUACCUCAGACAUCCAAGUCCUAGAGGCAGGCAAGGUAAGCCCAGGGCCUGUGAUUUACUGUAAAAGUAGAGUAGGGCCCACAAAAGAUUUUGCUCGACCUUAAACCAACCCAGUCCCUCAACUUCCCAAGGAGUCCUGGCCACCACCACCACCACCACCUUCCAUUCUAGUUACCUAGGUAUCCAUGUGCCCUUUACCAUGACAGUGUUACCUCCAGAUCUAGUCCUAAACUGUUACGACUUAGUUUGCCUAAAGUAGAUUGCUGAGGGUCCAUUUUCAGAGUUAAGGGUGUGGCCUAGAAUCUAGCUGGAUGAUGCAGAAAAGAGGCCAUCCCAACAUUUCCAGGUACCUUGUUCUCCUAACACAGGCAGCCCACCCUCAUUUACAGUCUACAAAGACUGCUCUCUUCCAUGGGAUGGUCACUCUGAUCUGCCUCAUAGCAAAGUGACCUAGCAUAGCCAGAGCAUUCAUCUCCACACACCUCAUCCAUUGGUUUUGUAUCAAGCAAUAAGAUAAAUUAACCUGGACCAGUAGAGGUUCUGGCUGCCCACUCAACCAUUGCACAUGCAUGAGCACAGGCAUGUGCAGGAAGCUGAAGUGCUAGUCAAGCCUUUCUUGCUCAUAUAAGCUACUUGUCUGCUUUCUCAGGAUGAACAUAGGUAGGCCACUGGCUAAUUGUUAUCUAGAUGUAUGCAUUAUUUGAGCAGGUUGUUUUCAGAGACAUCCCCAAAUCCAGCAACAGGAGCCAGUGGGAAGAACAGAAGACAAGGGACUGGUUGGUGUUCACUUUGUGACUGUCAGAUGAUUAAUCUUCAUGGGCAAAAUGACAUGGACCUGGGAGGGGAUUGACCACUGUUUCGAUGUUCCAUUUAUGUUAUUCAUGACUCCUAUUCUACUUGGUGGGGUAUUCUGUGUUAUGAUUUCUAAUGACCUGUAACUGGCCUUUGUCAAUAAUAGGACAGGGCCAUCUCACAGUAUGUGACCUCUUGAGGUGAUCCUCCAAAGUAAAGGAGUAUUGCCAGAAGCCAUUGUCUUGAUAAGAUGAAUGUCUUGGAUCUUGACAAAGGGAAAAAAUUACAAGGUGCCCCCAAGUUAUUUGCAGGAGGAGUGCAGUCUUGGAACUGCAGCUUCUAGUGGCUAUGGUGUGUUCCUGACUAGUGUUUUGCCUUUUUCAAUGGUUUCAUUAAAUGUUUUUGUUUAAUAAAAUUUUUGGAUGUUCCAA